AUGGUUGGGGGUCGCCGGAGGGGGGAGGCGAACGACGUCGUCAAAGAAGAAAAGAGGUCAGCGAAGGAAGACGUGGAAGUGAUGGUUUUGGAGGAAGAAGAGGAAAAAGAGGAAGAUCCUCUAAAGGCUCAGGUCGCGAAGCUUCGUCAGCGAUGGGAGCUGGCCUCCGUCCUCGACUUCUUGAUCGUUUUUGAGCCAGUGGUUGGGAAGGCUGCGAAAAUAUCAGCUGAAGAGAUCGAGAUGGGUUUGAUAAACCCAGGCGGUGCACUUGCUCAGCUUCACAUUGCCCUGUUGAAGGGAAUACCACCUGCAAGUAAAGCAUUGGAUGGCUCUGAUGCAUGGGUGACUGUGCUUUGUAAGAAACUUGCAACAUGGUGGCCAUGGGUUGCUGAAGGGGAGAUUCCGCUAGUGGCAGCUAAACGAGAAGAGAUAUCUCGUUACAAGGAACUCGAUCCAACAAAACGCUUACUACUCUUAAAAGCACUUUGUGAACUCAGAGCUGAUCAAGAUGAUGCAUUAGCUUAUAUUAAUGAUGCUCUGAAACAAGGAACUGAAGUUUCUUUCUUUCGCAAAAGUAAGAUAGGAGGAGAUGGAAAUGGAACUUCCUAUUGGUACGAGGGAACUACGAUUACUGGUCAUAGAUUAUACAAGGAAGUAACUGCCCUUGAGUCAAAGGCAAAGGGCAGGGGAAAAGGAUGUUUAAACCUAGCAAAUAUUAGUCUCCAGUGGGAAACACUGGCAACCAAUCUCGAGGAAUUUCGUAAAGUUGUAGAUGAACUCUCAUCAAGCAAAGUUGUAGCAGAUGUUUCUGUUGCUAAGACUAUUGAAACCAACGCUAUUCCUGUUCUUGAGAAACUUCAGAAGAAGAAAGAGAGGGCACUAAAGCAGAAAGAAAGGCAAGAGAGGCAUCUGAAUAAUUUGAGAAAUUCUUGUGGUGCUGGAACUACUCGUUCCUGUCGCAACCGUAGGCCUGUCAGCUACACAUUUGAUGAGUACGAUCGGGCUAUUCAUGAGGCUAUUAAAGUAACAAAAUUUCUCACCAAUUGUAAAUCAUACUUGGGGUCCAGCGGGAAGAGAACUGCCGACGAGAAAAGGCAAGAGGGUAAGCGUAGAAGAAAUGGCACUGACACUAAUAGUGCCCCUGAGAGAGACACAAACUCAGAAGACAAUUCAGAUAAAAAAAGUGAUUCCAAUGACAGUGACGCCAAUGAUUCUGGUAAGAAGGAUGACUCUGCGGGCAGUGACACUGCGAGCGACAGGGUUGAAGAAGUUGCUAGUGAUGACGAUGAUAACAAUUGGGAUGAUGGUGGAACAAAGGAUGAAGAUAAGGGUGACCAUAGUGACUCAGGCAAAUCUGAGACAGACAAGAACCAUGCUCAAACUGAUAGUAUUGUCCUAAAGCCUAUGGGGGUGCGCUGGAGUAAAAGACUAGCUGGAGACACUAGCCAUCCAGUUAUGGAAAACAGAAACUUGGGCACCAAGAAUAGGUCGAGACAAAGACCCAUCUGUAACUCUGCUCUUGAUUCUGUUGUAAGACAAGACUCCGAUGAUGAGAACUCAUCGGAACAUGCAAACGGUGAGAUAGUGGGACACGACGAAUUGCCAGUUACUGAUCCAGAAGAGGUCAGUGAAAGCUGA